UUAUUCAUCUAAUAUUAUAUGCUACAAAGUUCUUAGAAAUUUUAGAUUUUAUUAUCUCUGCUUUUGACUAAUAGUUUAUACAAUUUUGUAGCAAAUGUGCCAGGUUGUACUUGUGUAUAGACAUCAUGAGUCCUGAAGAUGAUCUACAUGGUUAUACAUUUCAGGUAAAAUGGAAGGCAAAUGCAGAUCAGACAUUCAUAUCGCAUAAUAAUCAUUACGUUGUCAAGUUGGCAAAGAAUGUAUCAGGGAAUGCUCGAUGCAAUUUUACCGGAUACAUUAUAGAAAACGUUGACAAUGGUAACAGAGUAUAUGCCCUUUGUGAAGACACUAUAUAUUCUCAAAUUCACAAUAAGAGGAAAAAAGACGUAGUGCUUAUAACAUCAGAAGAAUGCUUAAUGAGCUUGGGAGUUAAAAAUGAUUGCAUUGUAGAUACUCGUAUGCAUAAGCCUGGGGAAAUUCCCUCUGCUCUGAGCUUGACACUAAUGUACCUGGAGCAUUACAACCCAAAGGAUGCUAGGUGGUACAUUGGAGAUAAACCUAAGGAACAAUGUGAAGAAACUAGUCAGAUAACCACGAUGUUAGAACCCGUUGUACCACAAUUCCAAAAUCAACACCCAUCCACUCAGUGGUGGGAAGCUUUUAUUAAAGGUGAUCUGAAUCAGUAUUGCAGUAAUACACUGUGGAACUACAUAUUAAGCAUGAACAACGUAAUCAUUUGCAAUAUUAGAGGUGUUGUUACACGACUCAGCGUGAUAAAUUAUGUCCUCGAGGAUGAAUCCCAUGUCAGCCCCCUCUGCAGUAUAUCAUUAGAUACUAAAGUCGAACUCCGAAUUCAACGGUCAUGUGAUAAACAAAGUGAUCCGUCUCCAAGAGAAACUAAAAUCGCAGGUCUUAGUACCGUACUCAACAAGCUAAUGAAGUAUGUAGUACAUCCUCUGGUGUUUAAAGAUGAAUAUAAGAAAUUGGGAAUCGCGCCCCCGAGAGGGGUGUUGUUAUAUGGACCACCGGGAUGUGGUAAGACGUCAAUAGCUAAGGCAAUGAAGAAUAAUAUGAAACAACUUUCCGGCUUUAAGGAUGAUCAUGAAGUGCAUGUAAUGUUAAUACAAUCAAGUGACCUUUUCAACCAUGAAUAUGGUCCAACUGCAUCUAAUAUCGCAAUCAUAUUUGAACAGUGUGCCAAGAUAGCCAAAAGGUGUCCAUGUAUAUGCUUCAUUGAUGAAAUAGAAAUACUCUGCAAGAAACGAAGUGGAUACAAUACAGGAAAUGGGAUACUCGCUGCUUUUUUAAAUUACAUGGAUGGUUUUAAACUUCCUAGUAAUUCAGAGGAAAAUGAUCAUGGUUUCGUUAUAAUAGGCUGCACUAAUACAAUUGACUCAAUCGACCAAGCACUAAGACGACCAGGAAGGUUUGACCUCGAAGUUGAAGUUGGAGUACCAAACGCAGAUGAUAGAUACAGUAUACUAAGGACUCUAUUGGGCGAAACUAAACAUAACAUAAGCGAUAAGCAACUUAGAGAUAUUAGCGAUAGGUGUUCAGGUUUUGUGGGAGCUGACUUGAAACAACUAGUGACAAGUGCUGCUUGGGCCAGAAUUGACAAAAUCAACCAAGAAAUGCGUGGUAAUUCUAUUGAUGAUAUAGAUAUAUUGAAGAACAGAGAUUCAAAUGCACCAUUUGUUGAAAAGAUGGAUAUACCUGAGGAUGCUUUUAUCGAUGUCGAUGAUUUAAAACGUGCUCUUACAAUCACAAAGCCUUCAGCACUCAGGGAAUUACAAAUAGAAGUCCCUAAUGUCAAAUGGGAUGAUAUUGGCGGUUAUGAAGAUGCUAAAAGAGUGAUUAAAGAAUGUGUCGAGUAUCCAAUAGUAUAUGCUGACGAAUAUAAAAAAUUACAAAUCCAAGCACCAAGAGGGGUGUUGUUAUAUGGACCGCCAGGAUGCAGUAAGACACUAAUGGCAAAAGCAGUUGCUACAGAAAGCCAUAUGAAUUUUAUAUCUGUAAAAGGGCCAGAAAUAUUUAACAUGUACGUCGGGGAAUCGGAGAGAGCUAUAAGGAAGGUAUUCAAAACAGCACGUACAAAUGCUCCUUGUGUCAUUUUCUUUGAUGAAAUGGAUUCUAUCUCUGUAAGUCGUGAACACGCAGACUCCACAGGGGUCACUAGACGAGUUGUAAGCCAACUGCUGAAUGAAAUGGACGGCAUUAGUGAGUUGAAGCAAGUUAUAGUCAUAGGAGCAACAAACCGCCCUGACUUGAUGGAUUCCGCACUGUUAAGGCCGGGAAGACUUGACAGACUAGUUUAUAUACCACUUCCAGAUUUAGAAGCACGCAAAAAAAUAUUUAGUAUAUAUCUAAAAAGACUUCCUACAGAUGGAUUUGGAGAAAUGAACGCUGCAGAAACUUUGGCACACUCCACUAAUGGAUACAGCGGCGCUGAAAUAGCUCUAAUUUGUAGAGAAAGUGCUAUGAAUGCUUUGAGAGAAACCAUAAAUAGGAAACAAGCAUCCGUGAAUACUUUAUCCCCAAUUGUGGAAUCUACGGAUUGCAUCAAAGAAGAUAGAUUGAUCACACCAAUCACUAACGAAACAGAUAACCUAGAAUGUAGUGAGAAUGCUAAAUGCGAAAGUCAGUCAACCAAAAGCGACAACAACUCUGAUAUCGAUAGCAUGCAAAAGGAUUUUGAAGGGUUGCAUCUAGAUGCCGUGGUGCCAGUGUCAUUCAGUCACGUCAUGGAAGCAAUGUCAAGAGUUAAACCUAGAACUAAACCUGAAACCAUUCGAUUCUACGAAAAUUACAGAAAUAAGUCGCCCUUCUAAGCAGUGUUGCAACAUCGCAAAAACACAGUGGUGAAAGGAACCACUAAAAUAAUACCAGGCCAAUGUCGCUCGGUUUAAGCUACAAAAAAC